AUGAAAUAAAAUUGUAAGCAUCUGAUGACGAACUUGAGAAUGCACAAACAUUACUUAAUGUUUUCCGUGGUGCAGGUAUUGCUCUCAAUUAUGAUAUUAGUGUAUGUAUGAACUUUUAACAUUUAGAUAAUAAUUGACCCGGAAUAAAAGUAAGCUGUGAUAAUUAAUUAAGUCUCAAGGAGAACAUGGUAAUCCAAGCGGAGAUAAUAUUGACACUCGCAAUCAUGAUAGACAUAUGCAUACGGAUAAUUGCAGAGAGAGAAGUACUUCUUCACAUCAUUAGCACUAGUAUUUCUUUAAGGAAUAUUGGAACAUCAUUGACUUGGCAGCAUUCAUCUUGAUCUUAAUAUUGAUAAGUCUCUAUUACCUCUUUGAAUUGCAUUCGUAACUCUCCAUCUUAUAAGCAAACUUAGCCAGAUAAAAACCAAUAUCAUCGAGGUCGACGACUCCCUGGGGUUGAUUCUGAUCUUUUUACGUUACUUCAUCCAAAUAACCAGAAUUGUCAUUGCAAUCAAGCAGUACUUAUACAUGGUAUUUCAGAUCUCACAAAGUGACACAAUUGGGCAAUGUCGAUAUCAUCAAGUUCGAACCCAUAGAUUUGGACAACUCCAAACAUUAGGCUAGUGUGUACAUUGACGAUCACAAUGAAUCAUAUUCAUUUAUUUGA